AUGCAACCAACUCCUGAAAUCCAAGCUUUCAUCGAUCGCAUUAGCGCAUUACCCGCUGGCCCUGGCGUGUCUCUUGAUGGUGUCUUGCAGCCUUCUCUCGACGAGGAGGCCGAAUUGAGGAAGCUCUUUGCGCAAGAUAGGCAAAGCACGCGUCUUGCCAAUCCUCAUGUCGGUCUGGUCGACGUGUUUAAGGCCCCCGACACGAUCAGGACCACCAGAGCACGCGUCGUCCAAGGCCCUGAAGACCUCGUGGCGAAGUAUGUCAUGCCUCUCUCCGAAGAAAACAGGAAGAAGGAAGGCGCGCCUUGCAUGGUAUCUGACCUCGAAGAGUUCAAGAAGAACUGGGCGAUUUUCACGGAAGGCUCCCUCUCUCAGCUUCUUGAUUGGAACAACGUCGUCGCCGCUGGAGGAUCUGUACUCGCAUGUUUGGCCCCUCUCGAUGAGGAGCACAAGAAGUCGAAGAGGGCGAUUCGGAAGUACUACCACAACAAGGCGUACCCUACCUCUGACGUCGACCUUUUUUUAUGGGGUUUGAACAACGAACAGGCCGAGGCUAAGAUCAAGACCAUCUAUGAAGCUGUUCGCGACUCUGUUCCUUGGGAUGUUACCUGUAUCCGCACCAAACAUACCAUUUCCAUCCAUUCCCAAUACCCGUAUCGCUCGGUCCAAAUUGUCCUUCGGCUCUACCAAUCUCCUGCUGAAAUCCUUGCUGGUUUCGACAUCGAUGCCCCAUGUUGUGCCUACGACGGAAGCCGUGUCUGGGCCAAUCCUCGCUCAAUCGUGGCCAUGAUGCGUCAGUGCAACACCGUCGACGUCACGCGCCGUUCCCCUUCGUAUGAAGUCCGACUCUCCAAGUACUCUAAUCGCGCUUUCGAGGUGUACGUCCCAACCCUGGUCCGUGGGGAGAUAGACCCCACCAUCUACGAACGGUCUAUCGUGAAGAUGGAGGGUCUUGCAAGGCUGCUUGUUCUGGAGAAACUGAAGGAUAACGAUAUGCGCACCACCUUUUUGCAAGGAAGGAGAACCCUCCGCGGACGCCCAGGUGGUGUCAGCACGUAUAGCCGUCGCAACAAACGCCAUUACAAAGGGGAUUUGAAGACGGAGGUUGACCUUGGAUUGGAGAUGAAUGAUUACGAUGUCGUUCAGCUGCAUAUUCCUUAUGGACCUGGCUGGGAUGCUCGAAGGAUUGAAAAACUCGUUUAUCAAACCGACCUUGGCAUGAACUCGACCUUCAAUCCAAAGAAUAAAGGACGUCGUCUCCAUCGCCACCCCGCCUUCUUUGGCACGAUUGAAGAAUGUAUCGAAGAUUGUUGCGAGAAUUGCCCUAAACCGAUCGAUGAAGACGAGCGCAAACUUCAAGUCGACGAAGAUGAGAAAUACAUCUCGGGUCGUCUGAAGUUCAUCCAGGAGAAUCCGGGUCGUCAAAGUAUGACCGGUAGUUUCAACCCCAUCGAUGUAGGGGAAUGGAGUGAGCAAGUAUACACGAAACCCACCGAGAAGUUCUUCACCGCCAUUGCCGCACACGACCGCGCUGCUGUCCAAAAGCUUCUGGGCACCGAAGGUGUGGAUGUCAACCAACGUGACCACGUCGGUCGGACCUCUCUUCAUGUUGCCAUCUUCGCCAAGGCUGAGGAGAUUGCCUGCGAUCUCAUCGAUGCUGGGGCUCGAAUUACUGCAAGAGUCGCUGACGGACGGACCCCCUUGCAUCUCGCUGCUCGCUAUAGUCAAAUUACUGUCAUCCGGAAGCUUUUUGCGCAGAACGAGAAGAACAUCAAAGAGGAGGCAAAGAAGCAGACAAAUGGUGAUGGGAGCAAGGACGAGGCCAUGGACACGAAAGAAGGUCUCGAACGCCCUUCCUCUGAAGAUGACUGGAGUUCGCACACAGACGACGACAUCGAAAUGGUUGACGCAGAGGACGGCGAUGACGAAGAGGACGAGGAGGAUGAGGAUGGGGAUGAGGAUGGGGACGAGGAUAGCGAUGGAGAGCCCCGAAGGUCCUCGAGGAAGAAGGCUGCUGCGGACGGAGAGGUGCAGGCACGGACCAACGCAGAAGCUAUCGCGGAAGACGAAGAGAAUCAACCGGACAUCAUCGACAUCAACAUCGACGACUGGGACUUCGGUUUUCCUGCACUUUGCUAUGCCGUUCUUUAUGGCUCGUCGGUGACCGUGGAGGCCCUCCUCGACGCCGGUGCAGACGCAAAGCUCGCAACCAAACCUUCGAUGACCUGGAGCCUGCCAACAUUGCACCCCCUUUCAAUGCUUAUUCUUAGAGGCGACGACGAAGAAGUGUGCAAGAUUGCAGAGCGCCUCCUCCAGGCAGGAGCCACGUCCUCGACAGCCAACGAUGAAAUGCGAACAAUAUUCCAUUAUGCGCUUCAGGCUGGACGAACGAGACUCGUAGAGACGAUACUUCGGUGCGAUCCACAUGCGAAGACGGUCAUCGAUUUCCCCUCUGUCCAGUACCAGAAUGUCGUUUUCCCGAUAGGAAGUGCCAUUAGGAAGAUGGAGUACGCCUCUGUUGCGAUCAUGCUUGCUCAUGGUGCAAAGCUAGAAUACGACGAAGCGGAUAUUACCCGCGCCAGUGAGGCUGCACCGCCUAACGUCAGACGCAACAUGUUUGGCUAUCAAGAAGUCAAAAACUACUUGGAUCUUGCGUAUCAACCUGUUGAAGUUGCCUUGCAGUAUCACAGCGAAAUCGCCAAUCUGCUUAUCACCCUCGGUGCUCCGGUUAAUUUCCCCCUUAAGCGCUCUUUGUAUCGAUAUGCAAACGAUAACGAGCGCAGGUCUUUAAAGGAUUGGGUCGACUUCGCCAUCAGCUCUCUCCACGAGAACAUCAGGAAGAAGAAGUUCGAAGAGCUUAUCUUCGUCGAGAAGAAGGACGCUGAACCCGAACCCGAACCAGAGGCCGCCGGAUGGGCUGGAUUCAUUAAGAAGUACGAUGCUGGGCUCACAGAUCCCGACCGAGAAAAGUGGGAGUUUAAGAACAAAGAAAAGGCCGCCAAACAGGACAGAGACCUGCGCGAACGGAUGGAAGAUAUCAAGGAAUUCCUUAUCGAAAUCCAGCAGCUGCUGAACCAGAAACAUGCGAAGAAGUGGUCGGAUCUCUACCCUGACAUCCCAACUGCUGCCAUUAUGGAGGUGAGGCCUUACACGCUCGAAGAUAUCAUGCCAAAGCAGUCCAAAGAUGAAGAGGAACGUUUGUAUGUCCUCGUUUCUGCUGGAUGGUCGGACCAAAAUGUUCCGCAGCACCUUCAUCCACAAUACGACGAGGUCUACGAGGCGUGCUACGCCGGUGAUAACGAUAAGAUUCAGAAGAUGUGCCUUCCCGUUCCCGGACAGGAGUCAGUACCUGGAGCCCUUAACCCGCUCAACAUUUCGGUCAAACUCAAAGACAGGAAGCAUAGUUCAGAAGGAUAUACACCGCUUUUUGCAGCUAUUGCUGGGCGUCGCUGGUCGACGGCAAGGCUUGUUCUCGCCAUCGCGACCGCUCAAUAUCAGCCGGAUAAUGAUGCAGAGAAGAUCAAGUGGGACAACGACGUCGACAUGGAUGACGAUUCGGAUAACGAUAGUUGCAACUCUGAUGGCUCAGACGAGACUGUUGAACGACAAGAGGUGAAAUUCGUCGAUAUUGCAACAAGGCCUUCCGCAGUCCAGUCGGAUGUACACCCCAAGAAGCUUUUACAGCAGCUUAGGGUGCCGUUCUGCAAGCCUCCCCGUACCUCAGAGGACCGGAAACAUGCUGGGCAUGUGACCCUUAUCCAAAAGGCUGUAGUCGAUAACGACCUCGAAGCCUUUGUGCAAACUGCCAAGCUCUAUGACUCCCUCCCUCAACCACUCACACUCGGCACCGCCGUUCUGCAGACGAUCCUCGAGUACGAUCGACCUGAGAUCCUUGACGAGUACCUCCGACGCACGGGUGUGGGUAUUGACGUUGGUGAAGCCCAGAAGGAGUCUGGUGAUACCGAGCCAAUCCAAGAGUCGACCAACGACGAAAAUCGAAUUUACCUUGGCUUGAACGUGCACGGCAAGAAACGUGCUGAUCUGGCAAGGAAGAACGACCCGAACGCUGGAGAAGCAGAGGAAAAGGAACCUCCUCUCGUUUGGCGAGCUGCGGAGCAAAAAGCCAAGGAGGUUGUGUCAUACCUUGCCUCUGAUCGACCUCUGGCUGCAUAUAGGCACUAUGCCUUAAACCACACCGGCGCCAAAGCCAUUUGGUUCAAGCGGAUUGGCACAGAGGAAGGAGGCGAACUGGAAAAGCGACUUCCCUCGUGGCUUGGGUGGACGAUUAACACCUUGGGCGAGUCUCCGUUGACCUCUGCAAUCAUUGGAGGUAGUGUCGACGUCAUGAAGCAAAUCGCGAAGAUUCAGCCGAAGCUGUUCGCACAGGCAUUACAGACUAACAUCAAAUUUAUUGGUCUCAACCCAUUGUUGUUGUUCGUUCGCAUUUCCAAACUCUUCGAGAACCGUGCUCCGAAGGUUAUCAAUGAUGUCGUCGACUUCCUCCUUUCCAAGAAAGUCUCACCGUUGGAAAAGGAUUCAGUCAGAGGAUGGAACAUCUAUCACUUUAUUUGUGCUAAGAAUGACAUCGAUCUGUUUGAACAUCUCCUGCAGAAGCUUCCCCGCGACGUCAACGAGACUUUACUGUUACAGAAAUCGAAAAUACGGCACAAUACCCCACUUCAUGUUGCCAUCAAGAACAAGUUCAAGACACUUGUUAAGAUGAUACUCGAAUACAGCACCGAAACUCUGCUCGUUCCAGACAUAGACGGACAGACACCCCUGCACUGUGCCGUCGCAGGCUCAUACCCAACUAUAACCAAAGUGAUUCUUGCGUACUGCCCACCGGAAGUCAUCCACGUCGAAAACGGCGUCGGCAACACUCCCUUGGAGAUAGCUACUCUGGCUUCACUCGUCAAGAAGGUGUCGAACUACCGCCAGAGCAACAUCCAGAGCGAGAUUCAGCCGAAUAGGAUCCCGGAUUCUCCCCGACCUCUCCCAAUCGACUUCCUCGACGACAUCGAAUUCCAACUUGGGGUCGUACGCGAGGCCCUAGACACCAUGGUUGACCGCGGUACUGUCAAUCAGGAGCGCAAAGACCAGAUCAAGACGGAGUUUAGGAGAUGGCUCGAGAUUAUGGACAAACGUGUCGAGAAGGUGAAAGCACUCAGGGAGAAGAAAGAGCAGGAAGAACGCGAAGAGAAGGAAGAGCAGGCGAAGCAGAACUAUGUACCUGGGUCGUACCUCUACGUCAAGCCAGACAAAUUCAGCACGGACGGGGUGGACGCGGAGGACGUGUGCGAGCUGGUCCUCAAAUUUGAGAAGAAACAUGGUUCCGAGCCUGCUCAGCGGCGCCUCGUCCACCUCCUCGAUGUGCAAGAGUCUAUUGGCGCGAUGCUCAAGCAGGCGGACCCCAAGCGCGAAGGGCGUGAGGAUCAGUUCGAACUUGGCUCUGACAGGUACUACUAUCACAGGCGUAAAGAGAUGGAGGAGCUUGAAGCGGAGGAGAGUCCGGAGCAGAAGCUGAGGAAGGCGAGCAGGGUCAUCCAGAACAUCCAAUACUUCAAAGAUCCUAUCUAA